CUAUAAUCUGCCGAAACGCCGAGCACUCUUUACCCCAUUUCCUCGGAGCUAUAGAACGAUUGAAUUAUCCGAAGGAUCGAAUAGCACUUUGGUAAGGGAGUUUGCGAGGUUUUUUUUCUUUGUGGCAAGUUUUUGAUAAUUGGUAUACAAAUCAAUGUGUUGAAACGGCCUGGUCUUCUGGGGUUUUGCUGAGGCUCGGACUUAUGUGUCUACGCUUUGCUUGCAAUAUGUACAAAGGACGGUAGAGAAUUCAAACACAUUAGUUUAAACCACAGAUCUGUUGAGAUUAGGUCUGUGUCCUGAUUAAAUACAAGCAUUGGUUAUAAGUGUUUUUGAUGAACGCGCUGAAAAUGCUCUCGUUUCUAGUGAAGAAUAGUUCAAUAGUUCUUUUAAGUACAUCCCCAAGGUGAAAGAAAAGUAAAUGCCUGGAAAACUAACUAUGCCUGAUUCUUGUAUCAGUGGGGGCUGUCACAGGCAUGGGCCUGCUCAAGGCAUAGACCGAUGGACUCCGGGAAGUUAUUACUGCAGAGUAUCAUUUAUUUUCUUUUUUUAUAUCGUCUGUUUGUAGCCAUUCGUGUUCACCAUACAUAAUUAAUUGCUUACAACCACUGUCUGUAGUUUUGAUAGUGCAUCUGCAUUACAAAUCAAAUUUUCACUUGCAAAAUCAGAGAAGAGUCUUCAUAUGUGUUUAAUUGCGUCGCCACGCUGUAAAUAAACUCAUCAAAGCGAUGUUAUGUGCUGUAACCUUGCUCAUUUAAAUGCUCUUCGUGCCUUAAGUUGUUUGGGAAGAUGUUUGAAUUGCCUUCUCUCACACAGCAGGAAUACAUUAUGGAAAAAUUUCUAGCUCUGGCCUUUAAAUGAAUUGUUUGGAUUCCUGAUCUAUGAACUAAAAGUUGCCACUGUUAUUAAUACCCAUAAGUUCCUGUAAUUUUACCUGUAUUUCUGGUAUUGUCUUCAUUUAAUAAUGUUCCCAGUAUCUCAGUUAGUGCCUCUAUUUCAUGUCUGGUUCUCCUUGACAGAUAUUUCAGAUGGGGGAAAAUGUAUCAGCUAAAGAAACACAACCUUUUAGUUUGUUCUUCUAUGGCUUCAGAAGGUCUCCUCUAUCAGAGUGCUCCCAGAGGAGGAAGGGCUGGGAAACAGAGUGUUGGGACUUGGAAACAUCUGUCCACUGGCAGCUGUAUGUGCUGGAAAAAGAGAUGGGGGGGGGGGAGCUGCCUCUAGAGAUUACCUCAUCAUCCUGCUCUAGGGUUCUCUCCCCCCUUUACUAACGGAUUCCAGUUACUACAGUAGGACUGCAGGUCUGAAACAGUAGUGUGGUAUUUUCUUAUAAACAACCUGCCAUUGUCGGGGCCCACAAUGGCCAGCAGUGUGAUUGGAGGUGUCGGUUAGUGUUUGUGCUUUGAGAAGUCAUUCACCCCAGAAAGGGAAGCCUAGUUAAAAGGCCACGUGAAAGGAGAUCUGUAAAAAAUGCGUUAGUUCCGUUUAGGCUCAUCGGGUGGCUUCUGCAUUGUUUACAACCCUAAAAAGACACGAUAGACGCCACAUAUUUGGUCGUUGUGAGACCGUUGCACUUUUGUUCAGUCCGUGUGAUGGCACAGCCAGGAGCCACAGGGUUCCCAUGGACACGAACUUCAUCUGAACCCUUCCUGGAGGGCCAGCUUGUACCACCACAACCCAGCUGCACUGUUGAUGCCCUGGUCCCUGCAGCCAGAAAGCUCAAUCCACCUAAGAUGUUGCAGGAGUGAUCGGCGAGGUCAGGCUGCGCUGAGAGAAAACGCCGCGCUCGCUGUCUGAAUCACGAACUUUGUCUGUUCAGCCAUCCAGUCUGUACCUCCAUCACUGUCACUACUGGUUUGCUGCUUUGCAGUUUCACUUCUCAUGUGGUCAGUGCUCUUAUUUCUCAUUACAAAGAGGUUCUUUUCGUGGUUUUGCAUGUCGGCGUAUCCUUUUGUUGUGUAAUGGAGCUGCUGCUCACACAGACCAAAGAGCUUCACUCUCGUACACCUUGUGAAGAUGUUCUCUCACACCCGUGUCAGCGUUCACUCAUGACCUCGUCCACCUGUGCAGGUGAACACAAGGUUGCGACUGACAACAAUGCCGACAACACUACGUACCUGCUGCGAGACUGGCUCAUCAACGUUCAGAAACUGUACCACUACGUGGAGUGGAGGCCGAAGGAGAAACCCAGUGCGUACGCAGGCGAGGAAGGACCCAAGCACUGGCCGAACCAGAGAUACGCUCACCUGAUGAAACUACGCCAGGCCGCCCUGGAAGGAGCGAGAGACAUGUGGGCAGAUUACCUGAUGAUAGUCGACUGUGACAAUCUCCUGACCAAUCGGGAUGUGCUGUGGAGACUGAUACGAGAGAAUAAGACCAUCGUGGCUCCGAUGCUGGAGUCCCGCGCAGCAUAUUCCAAUUUCUGGUGUGGAAUGACUGCCGAGGGCUACUACAAGCGCACUCCCGCCUACAUCCCCAUGCGAAAGCAGCUGCGCAAGGGCUGCUUCGCCGUCCCCAUGGUGCACUCCACCUUCCUGGUGGAUCUGCGCAAAGCGGCGUCCCGGCUCCUCGCCUUCCACCCGCCCCACCCCGAGUACAGCUGGGCCUUUGACGACAUCAUCGUCUUCGCCUACUCGGCCCGAAUGGCAGAGGUGCAGAUGUAUGUUUGUAACCGAGAGACGUACGGCUUCCUGCCCGUCCCUCUGCGCUCCCACAACACCCUGAGGGAUGAGGCAGACAGCUUCAUUCACACUGUCCUUGAGGUCAAUGUGCGCAAUUCCCCUGCAGAGCCUUCCAGACACCUUCCUGCUCCUGUCAAAAAAAUGGACAAGAUGGGCUUUGAUGAGGUAUUCAUGAUUAACCUGCAGCGUCGGGUUGAUCGGCGAGAGCGGAUGCUCAGGGCUCUACGUGAACAGGAAAUCGACUGUAAGAUCGUGGCAGCUGUCGAUGGCAAAGCCAUGAACGUGAGUGACAUCCAGCGCAUGGGAAUCCACAUGCUUGCGGGCUACAGCGACCCCUACCACGGCAGACCUCUCACCAAAGGAGAGUUGGGCUGCUUCCUCUCUCACUAUAACAUAUGGAAAGAGAUCGUGGAGCGUGGCCUGAGGACUUCUCUGGUGAUAGAAGAUGACCUGCGUUUCGAGAUCUUCUUCAAGCGCCGCCUGCAAAACCUGAUGAGGGAGGUGGAGAGCAAGGGCCUGGACUGGGACCUUAUUUACAUAGGCAGGAAGAGGAUGCAGGUGGACCGUCCGGAGAAAGCCGUACACAAUGUACACAACCUGGUGGAGGCGGACUACUCCUAUUGGACGCUGGGUUAUAUGAUGUCAUUACAAGGUGCCAAAAAGCUCCUGAAAGCAGAACCUCUCACAAAGAUGCUGCCCGUGGAUGAGUUCCUUCCCAUUAUGUUCAACAAGCAUCCUGUAUCCGACUACAUGGAACAGUUUGAGAGGAGAGACCUGAAGGCAUUCUCGGCGGAGCCUCUGCUGGUGUACCCCACGCACUACACGGGCGAGUCGGGCUACGUCAGCGACACAGAGACGUCCACAGUGUGGGACAACGAGAGCGUGCGCACGGACUGGGACAGGAAACGCUCACGCAAGACGCACGAGCAGGCCGAGAUCAGCACAGAGGCGCAAAACUCGGACGUGAUGCGCUCGCCCCUGGAUAGCACGGCGCGGGACGAGUUAUGAGCGACACUUACACACCCUGCCAGAGUCGCGCACAAAGCACUUUUUGGAGAGAGCGCUGUCAUGAGAUUACUUUUUUUUUAAUCUCUCUUUUCUUUCCGGGACAUCCCACACUGUGCAUUUUGACUGACCAAAGAAUAACUUAAGGUUUUCUUUUGUUUUGUUUUUUUUCCCUUUCAUUGUUUUUCCGUUGAGCCUCUGUGCUUUAGUCUCUCUAGAUCAGAGGAGUCCAACUUCAGUCCUGGAGAUCUGCUGAUCUGGGAGGUUUGUGGUAUUCUCCUAAUGUAACACACCUGCCCCAGCCAAUCCAGGCCUUCAGCACCAUUUGAAGCUCCAUGUAUUUUGGAACUGCACUCUGCAUGGGGGGGUAAGUGUCCAGGACUGGAGGUGGAUACAGAUGACCACAUAUCCCUAUGGUAGCACUAUCGGAAUAAGCACGCUGUUUCCUGUGAUUGAUGCUUAUACUGGCUGGGAUGGAUCUUUUUCAUUCUGUACUUAUUGUUCUGUUAUUAGUAAUAGUGGCAAUUGUACUGUUAUAAAAUUAAAAGGAUUUUCAGUCA